AUGGUAUUAAAAACGUCCGGAAAUAUCGCAGAGGUAUGCGCGGAACAGGUCCCCCGGAAUAAUUGUUUUGGAGGUCCAGGAACUCCAAAAGGCCCAUCGGAAGCGAGGCACGGUGUCCACCACCGCCACGGCGGCGACGGUUGGCGCCUGCCGUCGGCCAGGGCGGACAGCAGCCGCCAGCCUGGGCGGCCCUGCCGCCCCACUUCCUUGGGCAGGCUUCCGCCCAGCGCGGGCGGGCCUGUCGCCCCGCGCGGGCUGGGUCUGCCGCGCGCGCAGGGCGAGGCCCUGCGACCAGACGCGGCUGGCGGGCACUGUCAACGCCCUCGGCGCGUGGGGGUCCUGUCCGCGAAUUACAUGCACGCGGCCGGUGAUAAGUUUCGCUGCCGCCCCAGCACGCGCGGGGCCUUGUCCGCCGCGCGAGAGCGGGCUGGCCCCCACGCCCCUGGGUGGCACCUGCCGCCCAGCUUGGGCGACACUGCCGCCCAGACAGGCCGGGCCUCCGCCCCAAGCCGACAGGGCGCGCAGUUGCCGCCCUCUGUCACCGGGGCACCUGCCGCCGACCAGGCGGGACCUUGCCUGCCCAGACCCCCUGGGCGGUCAGUCUGCCGCCCUCCCACGGCACCUGCCGCCCGGCGACCCGAAAUGGCCUAUAAAUAG